AUGGGUUUCAUUACACAAUAUAUUAUUUUUGAUAAUAUAAUGGAAAGUCAAGUUAAAGAGCAAUUUGUCAUUGAUGGAAAUAUAGAUGGAACAAAUCUUAAUCAAUUUACUGAUCAAUGGUUAAAUAACAAAUAUACAAAAUUUAUGAAAUAUUAUAUUUAUAAUUAUACUAAUCCAAUUGAAAUAUUAACAAGAGGUUCAUUACCUGAUGUUACAGAAAAAGGACCAUAUAGUUAUAAAGAAACAUGGUUACAUUAUAAUUUAUCAUUUAGUAAUGAUAAAAAUUAUUUUACAUUUAGUAGAAAAAAAAUUUAUACAUUUGAUCCUGUAACAAGUUGUGAUACCUGUAAAGAAGAUGAUAUUUUUUUGGUACCUGAUUUAAUUUUUAUUAAAUUAAUGGAUCAAUUGACAUCUUUAGAAUGUCAAAAUUUACCAAAACAAAUACAAAGUUUAUUAUGUAAUGAUACAAAGGCAUUACCUAAUUUUGAUCAAAUUAUGAAUCAAAUUAUGAAUCUUCUUGGUACAGGAAUGAAAGCAUGGAAUGUAGGUCCAUUUGUACAAGUUAAAGUUAAUGAUUUACUUUUUAAUGGUUAUAAAGAUCCAAUAUUUACAAAAAUGUUAACAAAUAUAUUAGAUAUUGUUUAUGGAAUUGUUGGUAAACCAAAAAAUGGCACUACUACAUUUGAUUUUCCUACUGUUGCUUUAAAUCAAAAUAAUAAUACAAUGGGAUUAGUUUAUACAGUUAAAACAGGAAAAUUUAAUUAUUCAGAAGUUGGACAAACUUAUAGUUUUACUAAUCAAUUUAGAAAUUUUUCUUCAUCUGGUUCAUAUCUUCCUAAUGGAUGGUGGCCUGGUAAUGAUGCUUUAAAACAAUGUACAAAAGAUGAUAUAAAUAAUGCUAGAUUAAUUAAAGGCACUAAUGGUGAUUUUUUUUCACCAUUUUUAAAAAAAAGUGAUACAUUAUGGUUGUAUGUUGAAGAUUUAUGUAGAUCUGUUUCAUUUAAAUAUUUUUCUGAUAUAACUGUAAAAAAUGUACCAGCAUAUAGAUUUAUAAUUAAUGAUAGUGGUUUUAAUUAUACAUUACCAGAUAAUUGUGGUUAUUGUUAUCCAUUAGAUGGAAAUUAUUAUUCAUAUAAAAAAGGUGAUCAAUGUUUACCAAUUGGAUUAAGUGAUAUUAGUAGAUGUACUGAUCAAAAUCCACCUUUAGUUUUAUCAAAUCCACAUUUUUAUGGCUCUGAAGAAGAUGUUUUUAGAUUAUUUCCACGAUUUACUCCAACAGAAGUGGUUGAUCAAACUAUUCUUGAUAUUGAACCAACAACAGGAACAGUAUUAAGUGCAUCACAAAAAAUACAAAUUAGUGUAAUGAUGAAACAAUACACAAAUAUAUCAGUGUUUAAAUUAAUGAAAUCAGGAGCAUACCCAAUAUGUUAUGUUAAUGAAACAUUUUUGGCAGAUGAUAAUACAAUUUCACAAAUAAAUGAUCAAUUACUAGAUCCAAAAAAUUUAGUUAAAAUUUUAUCAUUUUCAAUUGGUGUUGGUUUAGGUGCAUUAUUAAUGGUAUUAUCAAUAGUAUCAUGUAUGGUAUUGAAAUGUUACAAAAAUCUAGAUAAAAAGAAGGAAAUGUAA